UUCAAUUUUCUCGACUAACCCCCGCUUCUCUGUCCCUAAGAUUUUCAAAUUCGUUUCUCUCCACAAAGUUCUCAAACCCCUAAAAACCACUCUCUAGGGUUUCCUUUUUACCGAUCUCACUACAGCUCCACUUCCCGGAGUGCCAAGUAACAUCACAAUCUUACUCACUUCGAUCCGGGUUGACUCACUUUCAUGGCGGAAGAUUCAGUUCCAGUUCCAUCAUCCACCAAUACGGCGCCGUUGGGUCACUCAGUGAUUCCUAUAGUAAACAAGCUCCAAGACAUCUUCGCACAGCUCGGAAGUCAGUCCACGAUUGAGCUGCCUCAGGUAGCUGUCGUCGGUAGUCAGAGUAGUGGAAAAUCCAGCGUUCUGGAAGCCCUUGUCGGUCGUGAUUUCUUGCCUAGGGGUUCUGAUAUCUGUACUCGGCGCCCGCUUGUUCUACAGCUUAUACAGACCAAGCGUAAGCCAGAUGGUACUGAAGACGAAUGGGGAGAGUUUUUGCACCUUCCGGGGAAGCGAUUGUUUGAUUUCAAUGAAAUUCGUAGGGAGAUUCAGGCGGAGACAGAGCGAGAAGCAGGAGUGAAUAAAGGUGUUUCGGAUAAGCAGAUACGUUUGAAGAUUUUCUCACCGAAUGUUCUUGAUAUUACUCUUGUGGAUUUGCCGGGCAUAACAAAGGUCCCUGUUGGCGAUCAGCCUUCUGAUAUUGAAGCCCGGAUCAGAACUAUGAUAAUGUCUUAUAUUAAACUUCCAAGCUGCUUAAUACUGGCUGUAACACCUGCUAAUGCGGACUUAGCCAACUCAGAUGCGCUUCAGAUUGCUGGAAAUGCUGACCCGGAUGGUUAUCGGACCAUUGGAGUAAUCACAAAGUUGGACAUCAUGGAUAGGGGCACUGAUGCUCGUAACUUUUUACUUGGAAAAGUGAUUCCCCUCCGCCUUGGUUAUGUUGGCGUUGUGAAUCGUAGUCAGGAGGAUAUUAGGAUGAACCAGAGUAUUAAGGAUGCACUUAUAGCUGAGGAAAAGUUCUUUCGAAGUCGUCCUGUAUAUAGUGAACUUGCUGAUCGUUGUGGUGUUCCUCAAUUGGCAAAAAAGUUGAACCAGAUUCUAGUGCAACACAUCAAGACAGUUCUUCCAGGAUUGAAAUCACGCAUUAGUGCUGCAUUGGUGUCUGUUGCAAAGGAGCAUGCCAGCUACGGGGAGAUAACAGAGUCCAAGGCUGGUAUGGGAGCACUUCUACUGAACAUUCUUUCCAAGUACAGUGAAGCGUUCUCUUCAAUGAUUGAAGGAAAAAAUGAAGAAAUGUCAACAUCUGAGCUGUCUGGUGGAGCAAGAAUCCAUUACAUCUUCCAGAGCAUAUUUGUGAAGAGUUUGGAGGAGGUAGAUCCUUGUGAAGAUUUAACUGAUGACGACAUCCGAACUGCCAUUCAAAAUGCAACUGGUCCUAAAUCUGCUUUAUUUGUGCCAGAAGUUCCAUUUGAAGUUCUUAUCCGCAGACAGAUAGCUCGUCUAUUAGAUCCAAGUCUUCAGUGUGCAAGAUUUAUUUACGACGAGCUUAUAAAAAUGAGCCAUCGGUGCAUGGUCAAUGAAUUGCAACGAUUUCCUAUUUUAAGAAAACGGAUGGAUGAGGUUAUAGGAUACUUUUUGCGGGAAGGCCUGGAACCUUCAGAGACUAUGAUUGGACACAUUAUUGAGAUGGAGAUGGAUUACAUAAACACUUCACAUCCGAAUUUUGUUGGGGGGAGUAAAGCUGUGGAGAUGGCAAUGCAGCAAGUCAAGUCCAACAGGAUUACUGCAUCUGUUCCGAGGCAGAAAGAUGGAGUGGAUUUAGAGAAAGCGCCAGCAUCUGAAAGAAGUCUGAAGUCGCGUGCUAUUCUUGCUAGACACGCUAAUGGAAUUGUUCCUGAUCAGGUUGCUUGGCCUGCUGCAGAAGAGAAAACGACAACAUCAGGAUCAAAUGUUAGUUCAAGCUGGGGGAUAUCAUCAAUAUUUGGUGGAUCAGACAGUCGUACAUCUGUCAAAGACAAUUCCAUUAGCAAGCCAUUCAGUGAACCUGUCCAGAGCAUGAAUCAUGCUUUCAUCCUCUUGAGAGAGCCACCAAGUGUGCUGAGGCCGUCAGAAACUCAUUCGGAUCAGGAGACUACUGAAAUUGCUGUUACAAAACUGUUAUUAAGGUCAUAUUAUGAUAUUGUCAGAAAAAACAUCGAGGACUCAGUACCUAAAGCAAUCAUGCACUUUCUGGUCAACCACACAAAACGAGAACUCCACAAUGUAUUUAUCAAGAAACUUUACAGAGACAACCUCCUUGAAGAGAUGUUGCAGGAACCUGAUGAGGUAGCCUUGAAGAGAAAGCGCACUCGUGAGACACUUCGUGUACUUCAGCAAGCUUUCAAGACAUUGGAUGAGCUGCCACUUGAAGCGGAGACAGUUGAAAGAGGCUACAGCAUCGGUACUGACCCAACAGGCCUACCAAAGAUUCAUGGUCUUCCAAUAUCAUCCCUGUAUAAUUCCAGUGGCUCAACUGAUUCAUACACUGCUUCUCCUAAAAACCCAAGAUCACGCAAAUCAUCCCAUUCUGGUGAACUACAGUCACCAAUGUAUGCUGGUGCAGAUUCAAAUGGUGGUGGGCGUAAUUCUCUUGGUCUUUAUCCAACAGUUGAUAUGUAGGAGAUUUAUCAAAUGGUUUGGGUUGCUAGGCAUUUGGAACCUCACCCGAUAUGGUGCAAUGAAGAGCCAUUAUAUAUUUGAUUUGUUCUGCCACAAUGAAGAUGAUGUAUGCCGAUUGUUUCACUUUCCCCAAUAUUCUUUAUUUAUAUUGUUCAAAUAGAAUGAUUUUAAGCUAUGCAAGGAAUAAUAAGAAGUCAUCUUCAGCAGGCUGCAGCUAAUUUUUUUGUUUUGUUUUGAUAAUAGCAAGUGCAGCGAGUCUAUUUUAAGGAGUCCUCAUUUGCAUACAAGUUUCCCAAGGAGAGGGAAAUGACAGGAUUUGUAACUUUGACAAAUGAACUUGUAGCACUGUAUAGUUUGCACUUAUUUAGGAAAACAGACUUUUUCUUUUCGGUUCCAGGGAUUUAUAACCCAACUGAGAAAAGUUGUUUAAAAUGAUGUAAUUCAAGACUCUAAUGUGCUUUGAAGUUUUGUUGAUAUGUUUUAAUGUUAUUUUGUUUUUGUGCUUAA